GGCUCACCGUCCGUCACUGACGAACUGUGUUGAUAAAGUGAAUUUAUUAUUGUAGAGCAGCUGUAAUUUACUCGUAGUUGUGUGAUUAGAACAUUUUGUGUAGUUAAUUCUUACAAAAAUGGAAAUCUCAUUUAAAGGCAAAAGAAUUUUAGUAACCGGCGCAGGACAAGGUAUAGGUCGUGGUAUAGCUAUAGAAUUAUGGCGUGCUGGAGCAAACAUCGUCGCCCUGUCCCGAACACGUUCGCACUUGGAGAGCUUACAAAGUGAAUAUCCUUCUAUUGAGAUUGUGAGUGUAGAUAUCGGUGAUUGGGCGCAAACAAGACAAUUAGUAGAAUCUCUAGGACAGUUUGAUGCGUUGGUGAACAAUGCUGCUGUGGCUUGUUGUGAACCCUUUCUUCAAUCCACAUCUGCUAACUUUAACAGAACCUUUGAUGUAAAUGUUAAAGCAGUUCUCAAUAUAAGCCAAGUAGUUGCAAAAAAAAUGGUAGAAAACAACAUACAUGGAACAAUUGUCAACAUAUCCUCUCAAGCUUCUAAGGCUGCAUUGCAAGAUCAUGCUAUAUACAGUGCUUCAAAAGCAGCUCUUGAUGCUUUGACCCGGUCUAUGGCCCUGGAACUUGGACCACAUGGUAUUAGAGUGAAUUCUGUAAAUCCAACAGUAAUUAUGACAGAAAUGGCAAAAGUUGGAUGGUCAGACCCAGUGAAAGCUAAAGAAAUGUUAUCUAAAAUUCCCCUUAGGAGGUUUGGUGAAGUUUCUGAAGUAGUUAAUGCUGUAGUAUUCCUUCUCAGUGAAAAAUCAAGCAUGAUUAAUGGUGUUGAACUUCCAAUUGAUGGUGGUUUUCUUGCUACAUAAUAAAAUCUUAAUUUAUAUUGUUUUUGGGACUUUACAUGUUUUUUUUUUUCAUUUUAAUAUCUAUAAAAACAUUAAAUACCAAAGAGAAGUCCAUUUGAUAUUUUUUAUUAUAUUUCUGUGCCAUUGCAAAUGAUAUUGAUUGUUAAGCUUCAUUGUGACUAUUCCUAUAAUUUUACAGUGGGUACAAUUAUGUACAAUAAGUGUUAAAUAA